AUGGACGGAUCCAACUCCAGCAGGAACCAGACCAACCCGUUCAACCAGUUCGUGCAGCCGCCGUGGCGAGUGGCGCUCUGGUCCAUCGCCUACAGCGUGGUGCUGGCCGUGGCCGUGUUCGGGAACCUGAUCGUGAUCUGGAUCAUCCUGGCGCACAAACGCAUGAGGACGGUGACCAACUACUUUCUGCUCAACUUGGCUUUCUCCGACGUCUCCAUGGCAGCGUUCAACACUUUGAUCAACUUCAUCUACGCGUCGCACGGGGAGUGGUACUUCGGGGAGGUCUACUGCAAAUUCCACAACUUCUUCCCCGUCACCGCGGUGUUCGCCAGCAUCUACUCCAUGACCGCGAUAGCCCUCGACAGGUACAUGGCUAUAAUCCACCCUCUGAAACAGCGUCUGUCGGCAAAGGCCACCAUGGGAGUCAUCGUCUGUGUCUGGAGUCUGGCCGUGGUCCUCGCCUUCCCCCUCUGCUACUUCUCCACCACCCGAGCUCUGCCUCACAGGACGCUCUGCUACGUGGCCUGGCCCCGCAUGGCCGGCGACCCCUUCAUGUAUCACAUCAUCGUGACAGUUCUCGUCUACGUGCUGCCCUUAGUGGUGAUGAGCAUCACUUACACCAUCGUGGGGGUGACUCUGUGGGGAGGGGAGAUCCCCGGGGACUCGUCGGAUAACUAUCACGGGCAGCUCCGAGCCAAGCGGAAGGUGGUGAAGAUGAUGAUCAUUGUGGUGGUGACCUUUGCCCUCUGCUGGCUCCCCUAUCACGUCUACUUCAUCGUGACGGGUCUCAACAAGCGUCUGAGCAAGUGGAAGAACAUCCAGCAGGUGUACCUGUCGGUGCUGUGGCUGGCGAUGAGCUCCACCAUGUACAACCCAAUCAUCUACUGCUGCCUCAACAGCAGGUUUCGGGCCGGUUUCAAGCAUGUGUUCCGCUGGUGUCCCUUUGUCCACGUCUCGAGCUACGAUGAGCUGGAGCUCCGAAACACGAGACUGAGACCUGGUUACCAGAGCAGCAUGUGCACCCUCUCACGGGGCGACACAAGCAUCCUCGGCAAAGACAAGAGUGUUUAUUGUCAUGGAAACAGGUCAAGAAGACUGAACUCUGAGGCCAAUAAUAAAGACAGUUAACUGUAAGGUUAGCUUUAUCCAGCUGAAUGUCCACAGGGCUGUUCAUGUUGAUAAAUGCAGAUUGUAGAGUUUUUUGUUGCUGUUUACUUAUAGAGAUGUGAGCUAUUGGGAUGGGCUGUGCUCCAGUAGGGGGCGAAGAUGUUUUUGAGCACAUUUAAUUAAAAAAAAUGUCUUAAAAAAAGUUUUAUACUGUUGCUCUUAGGGAACUUUAACCAAACCCAAUAUAUCAAUGUGUUUAUUUCAGAAUUUAGUGUUGAAUGUCUUUUAAAUUGUAAAAUGCUGCUUUUGAUAAAUUUGCAAUCUUAUUUUGUUGCUAUAGUGUAUCCUAACGUGUAGUUGGACAAAUUCAGCAAAAUCAAAAAAAGAUGAGUUCUACUAGUCAGUAAGUAAUUAAUGUAUACGUGGAUUCGAAACGGUAGUAUUACUAGAAAGUGUUUCAUGAAGACAUUUGUUGCUAAAUGCCUUCGACUUUGUGCUGUACUUCUUUGGGUCUGAUUCAUUUUGUUUUUAGUCAUUAAAUAAUAUUGACGCUUUGGUCAAACAUGGUUGAUGGUUAGAGCCAUGGUAUUUUAAAUGAUUACAUUAUAUUUGUAUGUUUUUAUUUAUUAUUAUACAUUUUAAAUGGAGAUUCUUUGUCAGCAUCAUGAACUUUAAGCUGCACUAUCGUCACGUUAUCCUUGCAUGCUAUUACAUAACUUGGUACUUGAUGGAUUUAUUAAAUGUUAUACUCACUGUUGACAUACUGUAUAUUUAAUCCCAUCAGACCACGAUUCAGUGAUUUCAUCCAGCAGUGACGCUCUAACAACACUGAAGCCCUUAAAUCUUUUCCAGUGACACUGAAAUGAAAUGCAGCUUGUUGCAUUUUAUGACCAAAUGUAAAUUCACCAGUGCUCGCUCCUGUUUUUGUUAGUUGGAAAAAGCCUGUGCCAUCUUUCAAUGUGCUCAAAUUAUGCUUUACUGUGUGUAUCUGUGGAUUUUUGUACAAAAUAAAUGUGCCUUUAUAUUCAGA